AUGUUGACGGCACCAUCCCUUUUCCUUCUCCCCUUUAUUGGGCUCUAUGUUAUCCACCAAAUAGCCACCCGCGCAUUACCCCAUUUUUUCCUUGUUCCGCCUCAUCUGUGGCAAAAGAAGAUUCUCUCGGUGAUUGAGUAUCCAAAGCCAAUCUACUUGAAAGUGGGCAGAAAAAGAUCCAGUUACCGGAGGCGGCUCAUCACUGCCAGUGUCCAGCCUUCGUUCUACACGAAUUUUGUCAACAACAAACUCAAAAUCCACCCGACAGACCGUGAAAACGAAAAUGACUCGUUCAUGUCUGCCAUGAAGAACAGAGCAGCAUUGGACGCCAACCGCAAGGUCAUUUACGGGUUUUUCCACCCCUAUGCCAACAAUGGCGGUGGAGGCGAGAAAGUUUUGUGGCACGCCGUGCAAGCGACGCUUUUGGAAGAUCCCCGUAACAUUGUGGCCAUUUACACCACUAAUGUGGAAGCAGAGCCAUUGCAGAUUUUGGGAAAGGCCGAGUCCAAGUUCAAGGUGGGCUCUUUGGACUCAAAGCGCAUUGUUUUCAUCUACUUGCGCAGAUACGCUCAGUACAUCGACGGGAACUAUUGGAAACAUUUCACUCUUAUCGGCCAGCUUUGGGGGUCGUUGCUUUUGGGUCUUGAGGCGAUGUACGAGUUGAGUCCCGAUGUCUGGGUCGACACGCAAGGAUUGCCCGGAAGUUACAUGCCUGUAUCGAUGAUCUUGAAGACGCCCAUUAUCGCCUAUGUUCAUUAUCCAAUGAUUCAGCCGGACAUGUUCAAUCGACUCAAGUUCCAAACAUUUUCUGACUUGCGCUCUUUCCGCUUGAGCGACUUGAGGCAGCUUGUCAAGUUCUUCUAUUGGAAAGCAUUGUACGCUUUCUAUAUGUAUUUGGGCUCUUGUGUCGAUGUCACUUUGGCUAAUGGUACUUGGACUUAUAACCAUCUCUGUCGUAUCUGGGCAGCAAACAAAAGCUUGGGCAAGGUCGUCGAUGUGUUGUACCCGCCUUGCAGUACAGAGACAUUAUCCUAUGCUGAAAGUGCCCAGAGAUCAACUCUUCUUUAUAUUGCCCAGUUUCGGCCAGAGAAGAGACAUGCACUUGUAUUAGAAGAGUUCAGCAAGUUUGUGGCCAGCGCUCGAGAAGCCAAAAUUCCAUUGGCAAACUUGCCGCAGUUGGUCUUUUUGGGUUCUUGCCGUACUCCGACCGAUGUGAGCACACUUGAAAAGGCCAAAGAAAUGGUACAAGAGCUAGAGUUGGUAGAGUAUGUUAACUUUGUUGUGGAUUGCUCUUUUGAAGAAGUACAAGAAAACUUGGCUCGGGCGAAGUUCGGCUUGAACGCCAUGUGGAACGAACACUUUGGGAUUGGCGUGGUGGAAUAUCUCAGCGCGGGAGCAGUUCCUAUAGUACAUGCUUCGGCUGGCCCGCUUCUCGACAUCGUUGCUGAAGAUAAACCUACCACGACUUGGGAAAACGAGUUGGGUUUCUUCUUCAAAAGUGAAGACGACCCAGAUCUUUGUGGAGUGGAAAAUGGCGAAUUGAAGUUUGAGCAAAACGAUGAGCCCGUGUCUUAUCCUGCUUUGAGCGAAGUUCUUUGCCGCCUCUAUAUCAAGACGCCUGAAUUGGCAUCGGAUGCUGCUCUUGAGCAGAAACGCUCUUUGGGACAGAAAGUGGUGCAGGCAAAGUUCUCCAACAAGGCUUUCAAAGAAAAAUGGAUACAACAUCUCAAGACGGCGGCGCAGUUGGAGGCAUAUUAUCGGGAGAACCGUAGGGACAAGGUUAAUGCUGUGUACUAG